ACAGGGUUAAAUCAUAAAUCGCGCUCGGGUCAAAAUCCGUCCACGCAUCAGCAUGUCAAGAAGGCAGAAAAGAGAACGAGCAAAAGAGUACGGCUCGUCUUACUUCCAACCAGACGCCAAAAGGGCUAGCAGAGAGGGCUCGGCUAGAGAAGACACUCCUGCAUACAAUGAUGGUCCCACUACUGAUAAAUUGGUUAUUCCGAACGCUGCGUCGAAGACAGGGGACAGUGCUGUAGUGGCACCGACGGACGAGUUUGGAGCCAAGGACUACACAAACAUACUGAGUCUCAAGUUGGACCACAGCUCAAGGCCAAUUUGGGUGGCUCCAGACGGACAUAUCUUUCUGGAGGCCUUUUCUCCAGUCUACAAACAUGCCAGAGACUUUCUCAUUGCUAUUGCAGAGCCAAUAUGUCGACCUCAGCACAUACACGAGUUCAAGCUAACGGCCUACUCACUAUACGCUGCUGUGUCUGUUGGACUUCAAACAAACGAUAUCGUAGAGUACCUGAAGAGACUCAGCAAAACGACCAUCCCUGACGGCAUCAUCAAGUUCAUCGAGGACUGUACCCUGAGCUAUGGGAAAGUGAAGUUGGUACUCAAGCACAACCGAUACUAUGUCGAGAGUGCCUUCCCUGAGGUAAUGCAGACUCUGCUUAAAGAUCCGGUGGUGCAACAAGCAAGACUGGUACCAGAUGAGGAGGAGAAGGAGGAGUCAGACCCCAUGACCAGUCUACUUGUUGGAGACACUACUAAGAAGCCUCCCUUACUUUUUGGUGCAAAGAAAAAAGAUCAAGGAGGAGACGGAGGCAGUCAGGAGAGUGAAGGAGCCCAGCCAUCUGUCCCCUCUGACCUCUAUGACUACCUGGAGAAGAUGGACAUGGAGGAGGAGGAGACAGAGGAAGAGGCAAAGACGUGGUCGUUUGAGAUCAACCAAGAGUAUCUGGAGACACUGCAGAGAAGGUGUAUUGAGAUGGAGUACCCUCUACUGGCAGAGUAUGACUUCAGGAAUGACACCCACAACCCAGAUAUCGUGAUUGACCUGAAGCCUACCACCAUCCUCAGACCUUAUCAGGAGAAGAGCCUGCGUAAGAUGUUUGGUAACGGGAGAGCCAGAUCAGGAGUCAUCGUACUGCCGUGUGGUGCCGGCAAGACUCUGGUUGGAGUGACAGCUGCCUGUACGAUCAGAAAGAGGUGUCUGAUACUCUGUACGUCAGCAGUAGCCGUGGAACAGUGGAGAUCCCAGUUCAAGCUGUGGUCUACUAUUGAUGAGAGACUGGUGUGCCGUUUUACAUCCGAUGCCAAAGACAAACCAUCGCCUAACACUGCAGUGGCCAUCAGUACAUACGCCAUGGUGGCCUACACCCAGAAAAGAGCUUGGGACUCACAACAGAUGAUGAACUUCCUGCAGCAGCAAGAAUGGGGCCUCAUGAUCUUGGAUGAGGUCCAGACUAUACCGGCUGACAAGUUCAGACGAACACUUGCAGUGGUGCAGGCGCACACCAAGCUGGGGCUGACGGCCACUCUUGUGAGAGAAGACGACAAGAUCCAGGACCUCAACUUCCUCAUUGGACCCAAACUCUACGAGGCCAACUGGAUGGAGCUCCAGAACAAUGGAUUCAUCGCCAAAGUCCAGUGUGCCGAGGUGUGGUGCCCCAUGACGCCCGAGUUCUACAGCGAAUACCUCAAGAUCAAAACCAGACGAAAGAAAUUGCUGUAUGUCAUGAACCCCAACAAAUUCAGGGCUUGUCAGUUCCUGAUGAAACAUCACGAGCAGCGCAACGACAAGAUCAUCAUUUUCUCUGACGUCGUGUUCUCUCUCAGAACUUACGCCAAGAGACUCAACAAACCAUUUAUUGAUGGGCAGACAAAUCAGCAAGAGAGAAUGAAAGUCUUACAGAACUUCAAGCACAAUCCACUCAUCAACACCAUACUAAUCUCAAAGGUUGGAGACAAUUCGUUUGAUUUGCCGGACGCCAACGUGUUGAUUCAGAUCUCAGCUCACGGAGGCUCAAGAAGACAGGAAGCGCAGCGAUUGGGACGAAUCCUGAGAGCUAAGAAAGACUCAGUGGCUGAGGAAUACAAUGCCUUUUUCUACACUCUUGUAUCUCAGGACACGGAAGAGAUGCACUUUUCAACAAAGCGACAGAGGUUUUUGGUGAACCAGGGAUACAGCUUCAAGGUUGUUAGUAAACUUGGAAUUGAGGAUGAACCAAGUUUGUCGCUGUCAACCAAAAAGGAACAAGCAGAGCUUCUACAAGAGGUCCUGAGCGCCAGUGAUACAGAUGCAGAUGAGGAAGGCACUGCAGGAAAACAAGGCUUUGUAAGUAAGAGGUCUGUCCCUAUCAGUAUCCCCCAUAAUUACAUUGUGUGUAUAAUUCAACCCCCCUGGAGUACUAGGUCAUCCCUCCACUCAACAGUUGUUUGUCUGGAAAAGUGUAUAUAUAUACAGAGAGUGGCACAUUAGCUGACAAUUAAGUAUGGAGUAGAAACUUUACUGCAUGGCCCUUGACCCUGAACCCCUCUUGUUACUCAAGCCACCAAGGCAGGUGCUUUGCUGCUGUGUGGCCAGUCCUACUAGAGACCAUUGCAGCAGUUGAAGUUUCUCACUCGGGCAUACCAGCUGCAUCAUGUAUCUUGCAUCUACCUCUAUGUAUAUACCACCACAAACAAGUACAUAGAUAACACACUACCAACACGUGCAGCAGGUUGGAGCUGGCAGUGGUGUGAGUCGAAGAGCUGGGUCCAUGGCCUCCAUGUCUGGAGGAGACGACAUGGUUUACAUGGAGUAUCGGACCAGCCGGCCCCAACAUCCCCUCUUCAAACUAAGAAAACACUGAGUUUCUUAAGAAAUCAUCAGCUCCUAAUUUUAUUAUUAAUGCGUGGUUUUAAAUUUACUGGGAAUUAAGUUGCAAAAAUUGUUUUUGUAAGAUCAUACAGUGUGGAGAGCAAUAAACAGUUUCAAUGACGGCAUAGUGCCUCUCUGUCUAUGAGUGGAACAUGUGUUGUUGGUUCACACAGUCUCUUGCAAGACACUUGAUGGUCUCCACACUCUCGGUUUCUUUGUCCUGCAGCCGUCGCCAGACACGUGCAGCUAGCUUUUGGACGACUGUCUGACUUGGGUUCUGUAAAGAAGGAAUCAUUCAUCAGUCCACUGACUUAACACACCUUCAUGAGCUGAAUUUGCAGUGGUUGGUGUGUGAGAGUUUGCAUGCAUAAUAAAUUUCAAGUAUGUCAAUAUCUCAUGUUCAGUUAUGUAAUCAUUCAUAAUUGAGGCUUGCAUUCAGUUUGGUCUAAUGUAUGGCUGGCUCUCGAUGAUGACAAUUUUUGCCCGAGAUUUACAUUGUAACAGAGAAGCCAAAGCACCCUUGACCCAAUUUUUUCCGUAACAGUUACGAAUAUACCUUUACUUCCUCAGUUUCCUGCACCAUCAUCGCUGCCUCCUUCAGUACGUGUACAAAGCACGGUCUGUAGCGAGCAGAGAAAGUAAGAAACGAGUUGGGCGCCUUCCUUUUCUUCCUGACUGGCGUGUGUCCAACUGGUCGGUGGUAGAUCCGUUUUCUUCCGCCACAUUUUCUUUCCAAUUCUUGAAGAAGGAGUCUUGUCUUCGAUACCGUGAAGGCUUCGGUAAAUCUUUUUUUCUUGUCACUUUCACUAAUGAGGUUAGACCUCUUCAGCAGAGACUCCAGUUCUUCGAGCAGCUUCUUCUUGCACCUCAUGCGUUCUCUUUCCUUCUUAUUCUUCGUACGCUUGGAGCUGCCUUCCUCUUCCCUCCCAGUGUGGGGGUCUUCUUCCCAGUGCUCUUCCCAGUCACUCUCAGUAUCUGGCUCCCCUGAGUCUUGUAUUUCCUCUGCCUCCACAUCGUCUUCAACUGCCACAGAGGUAAAGUCAUUUGAAGAUAUGAGACUCUGCCAGUCAUCGUGCGUCCAGGCCCAGUCCAACGCACUGUCCAUCUUUUGCAUCGGCGUGCAGCGUGUCGUCGCGGUGCACCAAGCUUUUUCCCUUACUUGCGUCGCUCUGGUCGUCGCUCUGGUCGGACGGCUCCUAGACCGGAGACGGGGAUAUGCUGCUGAGCGCGCCAGCCGGACGGUCGACCGAGGUGCUCCGUAUAUUAUAUUGCGAUUUU